AUCGAAUUAUAUAAAUUCUGCUGAUAAGUUUGGAUAAUAUUUUUUAUUUUUAACAAAAAAGAAACUUCUAAAUAGUAUAAUUCAUGAUUUACAGGAAUUUAGGUUCAUCCGGAUUAAGAGUCUCGUGCAUAGGAAUAGGUACAUGGAUAACUUUCGCUAAUCAAAUAGACGAUCAAGUGGCAGAAGAUAUCCUUAAAAUAGCAUAUGAAAAUGGGAUUAACUAUUUUGAUACUUCUGAAACUUAUGCCGGAGGAAGAGCUGAAAUUCUAUUGGGCAAGUUAUUAAAUAAAUUGGAUUGGAAAAGAUCUACUUAUGUAAUAUCAACCAAAAUUCACGCAGGAGGAAAAUAUGAAACUGAGAAGGGCCUCUCCCGAAAGCAUAUCAUUGAAGGUGUCCAAAACUCUUUAAAAAGAUUACAAAUGGAUUAUGUUGAUAUAGUAUUCGCGAAACGUUACGAUAAAAAUUUGGUGACUAUUGAAGAAAUCGUAAGGGCCUUCACUUUCAUCAUAAAUAAAGGACAUGCAUUUUAUUGGGGAACCACAAAAUGGUCGCCUACAGAAAUAAUGGAGGCAUACUCACUCGCUCGACAAUUUAAUCUAAUACCCCCAAUAACCGAUCAAUUGGAAUACAACUUGAUGACUAGAGAAAAAUUUGAGAUAUCGAUGCAAGAUAUGAAUCAUAAAAUAGGCUUAGGUUUAAUCAUCCAUUCUCCCUUAGCUGGUGGCAUACUCACAGGGAAAUAUGAUGACGGUAUUCCGACAUAUUCUAGAGCCUCAUUAAUAACGCAAAACAAGUUUAAGGAAAAGUUACUGAGCGACCAGGGAAGGGAAAUGCAAUCCAAAAUGAUAAGUCAGCUGAUAUUUUUGGCGACUACUUUACAGAGUACGGCGGCUCAGUUGUCUAUAGCAUGGUGUCUUCGAAAUAAUGAGUGUUCUUGCGUUUUAAUGGGUGUAACUUCCGUCGAACAAUUAAUAGAAAAUUUGAAAGCCAUAAAUCUGCUAUCGAUAUUUACACCCAAAGAUGAUGGAAUAGAAUUACGAGAAGAUAUGGGAGAGAAGUUAAACAUUAUUUUUGACAACGAUCCAAAAAUAAGAAUAAAAUCCGUAAACUUCGAUGACAGCUGACUAGUGGCGGGACCUGGCGACGAAUCCUUGACUAAGGAUCAACGACAGGCCCGCAAUAGUGAUAUCUAUAAGUACAGUAAAAUUCAAAAGUCUAACACUAAAAAAGGAGCCAUACUUACCGUGCAAAAAGAGCAAAUGAUUGCUUUCAGAUCUAAUUGUAGCGUUCAGUAAUGUUUAUAUAUAUAUAUUUGUCUUCUCAAAAGAAUAAUAAUGGUUUCUUUUUUUUUUGACAUAACAUAUUGUUAAA